AUGGAUUUGCGUGAAAAUGAGGAUGGAAACGAAGAGGUUGUUGUUGAGGAAUGCAAUGUUGAUGUGGAAAUGGCAAGUUCAGAUGAAGUUGGUAUGCACAAUGAUAGAAUGUUAAGGUCACAUUGCAAAAUGGAUGAUAGUGAUGUUGAACAAAUGCAGAGAAUAAGGAAGAGUAGUGUUGCAACAUGCAAAAUAUAUAACUCAUUCGUUAACCAAAGAGGAAGUUAUGAUAUGGUUGGGUUUUGCAAAAAAGAUAUGUAUAAUCAAAUUGAGAGAAAUAGAAGAGGAGAGGAUGUGGAUGUAAAAGAGGCAGAAAAAUUCUUCAUAGGCUUGCGCUUUAAGGAUCCCAAGUUGUAUUGGGGUCAUAAGGUUGAUUCUAAUGGGAGAUUGUUGCAUAUGUUUUGGUGUAAUGGUAUAAGUCAAAUUGAUUAUGACAUCUUUAGAGAUGUUGUUGCUUUUGAUGCUACUUGUGGGAGGAAUAAGUAUAAAUGUCCUGUUGAUAAGUGUCCUAAUUGUGUGAUUACUGAUAGUGAUAUAUCAAUGAGGAAUACCAUUAGGAAAGUUUUCCUAACUGUUCAUCAUCGAUUGUAUGGCCGACAUUUAAUGAGGAAUGUGACAUGUAAUGUUUAUAAUGAAAGGUUUAGUAAAUUGUUUAAAGAAUGCAUGCUUGGUGACCUAGAUAUUAAACAGUUUGAACAGAAGUGGGCUUCCGCCACUGAGGAGUGUCAUUUGGGAGGUAAUGUAUGGGUUGAGAAAUUAUAUAAGAAGAAGGAGAUGUGGUGUACUACUUACAUUAUAGGUAAAUUUUUUGUUAGCUUAAGGACAACCUCAAGAUAUGAGGGUCUACAUUCUCAAAUUGUGCAAGUGUACCUGCAGGUUCACUACCUACCAAGUUGGCUCGUGUUAAAUAGGUGGACAAAAAUGGCCAAGAGAAGUUAUAAACAAGAUGACAAUCAAAUGGUAAGAAAUGGCAAUGAAAUCUCAUUGAGGAGGAGUUGGUUUGGACUAUUAUGUGAGAGUGGAAGAUCGAUGUUCUAA